AUGGCCGAUCAGAAAGAUAGAUGGUCUACCAACGCUUAUCAGCACUCAGCUUCUUUUGUCCCCAAGCUAGCAACAAAAGUUGUUCAAUGGCUUGAUUUACAGAAAGACGAUGUCCUACUUGAUAUCGGAUGUGGAGACGGCAUCUUGAAUGCCGAGUUCGCAAAGAUCUUGGCACAGGGAAGCGGUUCGAUGCAUGGCGUUGAUAGCUCGGCUUCCAUGAUUGAAGCUGCCAGAGAACUGUGCAAAGGUUCUCAGAACGCUACCUUUGAUGUCUUGGAUGCUACGCAGCUCGUCUCUAAGCCAGAAUUACAAAAAGGAGCUUUUACCAAGGUAUUUUCCAAUGCAGCUAUGCACUGGAUUCUCCGCCCAGAAGAUACUCGUGCUCAAUUCUUCAAGGGUGUCUACGCUUCACUGGCCCCUGGUGGUUCAUUCGUCUUCGAGAUGGGCGGUUUCGGUAACGUUUCUGAAAUGCGAACUGCUGCUCUUAGUGCUGUUGGUCGCCGCAUUGGUAUGGAAGCCGCUCUUGCAGCUGAUCCAUGGUUCUUCCCUGACGAAGCAUGGGUCACAAAGGCGCUGCAAGACGCAGGCUUCGUUGUUGAACGGGCUGAGCGGGAGUGGCGGCCAACACCAACUGACAAAGGCGGUGUUGAGGGUUGGAUUAGACUCAUGGCAAGUCAGUUCUUAGAUGCCAUCUUAGAUGAGAAGGAGAGGGAGGAAGCUGUGCAGGAAUGCGUGGGGGUGCUGAGGGAGGUCUGCCGUAAUCCUUCUGGUGGGGAAACGAUACAUUAUGUGAGGCUCAGAGGCGUAGCCCGGAAGCCUGAAUAG